UCGUGAUAAUAGAAUUAUUCAUUUGAUUGUAGCUACUACAUAACAUAACCCCAAUUUGCUGAUCCAUUAAGAAACCUCAAUCAAAAUAAAGGAUUAUUUAUCAAUUUAAUGAAUUAAUUACUAGACGUACUGAACGGUUAUGUCUAUCAUAAGAUUAAAGGCUCUGAGAAGCCUAGGGCCCAGUCGAAGAUGCUUCUCCGUCGGGGUCCAACAGGAGGACGAAUACGUGCCAGUUGCACAGUACCCGAAAAUUCUAGAUACUUCAUACGAGGCGAAGCAGGCCAGAAAGAAGGAAGCAAAAUGGAAAGAGAUAAAAGAUGUGAAAACUGUUGAGGAGAAGCAAAUCAAACUGAACAUGCCCAGAUACUAUGGGUUCAAAUGUUACGUUUUCCAAGAGGACAAGGUUCCUUACAACAAUCUAAACUUAGCUCAACACAUCACCAAAACCCAUUUGAUCCCCACUCGCACCCUGCCAGAAUUCUACAAUGACAUCUCAGUGGAUGGUCACUUAGUGGCAAUCAAAUCUCAAAUCGAAGAAGCCUUGCUGAUUGAAUACGAAGGUUACAAAAGGAACAACACAAACUUGACAGAGAAACAGAUUGAAGAUGCAUUGAGUUCAUCAAUAGUGAAGCAGCUGAAUAGGAUUUUGAUUAAUAAUUUGGUGGAGGAUAAUUCGCAUCUGCUGGACACUCAGGUGGAUUACGAUGCGAGGAUCGAAGCGUUUUGGUACGCAGGAGGCAUGAAUCCGCCGUUGAACGUGAAAAAGUACAGGACCGGAGUGGAAUGGAGGAAGCACACCGAAGACGAUCCGGUGGAUCGCGCCAUUCAUUACUCUGGAAGCCCCUCGGUUCAGUUAAGAAACGAAUUGCCUUUACCACCGAUAAUCCCGCAUUCGGAAGCCUCGAAUCCCGAUUUCAAAGUGCCGUUCUUCAAGUACGAUCCGCGUACUGUUGGUACAACGACGACUCAUAAACACGCUGCGAAUAUUGCAGGAUAUUGGCCUGGGGAAAAGUAUCAGUUCGGAUUGAUGUCUUAUCACAAGCGAGGUCACAUGUUGGAAAGGAAUUUCGGGGAUGAAGCCGAUGCGAAAGAGGCUUUGCACAGGCAAGGAAUCUUGUCGUCGUUUGGAUGGUUGAGCGCUCAAGCGAAUAUGCUUGGAUUCACGACGUUCAAUGAAAUCACCUAUCCGAUGGUGACGCAGACAGUGAUCACGGACGGACAGAAAUUCUCCUUUUACCUUUACCAGAUGAACACGAUCCUCAUGAACGGCGAUAAUUACAAAGAGAACCCUUUGAAGAACGUUUGCUGGGCGAUACCGGAGACAGAGUUGUUCGAGGAGAUCAAAGACGGUAAAUUGGUCGGUUUCAACGAUGAAGUUUUGAAGAGUCUGCUGAAGUUCUACAAGAACGUACCUCAGGAGCGUUUGGGUGUGAAUUUAAGGCCAUAUUUGGCUGGCGAGAAGAUCAUAGCCAAUUACAGUGAUGACGAUAAGAGGAAUUGGUUGGAGCGAGAGUACAAGUACUUGGUGUCGAACAGGCCGCGCUUCAAACUCGAUUACGAAGUGUACCAUUGGGAGAAGAUUUACAAGAUCGACCAUAAGACUAGACCGAUCGAGGCUAGGCGAAGACCGUUCGAGCUGUUCGUCGAUCCGUGGAAGAGGACUUUGGAUGAUAGGCAACCAAAUUAUAUCCCGAGGAAGCUCAGGCCGGACUUGCCCAGACAUAAGGGACGUUACGCCAAGGAAUAUUUCCCAUAGACGAUUUUGGGUGUUGUGCGUUUUUUUUAAAAGCAAUUUGUGAAUAAUGUUUAUAAGAAAAGGAUCAAUAAAUUGAGUAUUAACAAUUACUAUCUGAAAUUGUAAUUCUAACGGUAGGAAUUUGGAAGUCAUAAAAGAUCAGUAAUAUGCAUAUGUCGUGUAUAUUAAUAUAUGAAAAAAACGUAUUUGUUUUUUCUUUAAAUGGUACAAAAUAAAUAGUAUAAUAUAAAAUUUGAAUAUAUUAUGUAUAAACGUUCUUAAUCCUAAAUUCACUUCGCUCGUCUCGCGUCUCAAUUCAAUAAUAUUUAUACUUCAAAAAAAA